GGGAAGGCAGCCUCGGGAGUUGUUUCCAGGGAAGAGUUUAACAACGUUCGUAACUAAAGGGUUAAGUUCACCUCAAGUUUCCGCCCACUCCCAGAAACCUUCGCUGAAUCUUUCUCCUUGUGUAAACAAACAAAGCCUGUGAGAUGUCUGCAGCCGAGGAGAGAGCCCUGAUGUCUGUGUAUUAGGAGGAGGAGAGGUCCGUGCCCUGAUGUCUGUGUAUUGGGAGGAGGAGAGGUCCGUGUCCUGAUGUCUGUGUAUUAGGAGGAGGAGAGGACUCUUCCAGACAUCUUGUGGAAUCCUAGACACCUGAAGUUAUGGGUCGCCUGGACGAUCAGGCAAAACACAGGAUUGUGGUGUUGAGAAAAGCCGGUCUCAGUUUUCGGAAAAUCAAAAAGGUCCUUGAGCUGGACAACAUAAAGGUGACACCACAAGCCAUCUACCUCUUCUUAAAACGUAAGAACAUUGAACCUGAGAAGUCUGUUGGUGCCACCCAGAACCUACCUACAAAAGGACAACCCUGGGAACAGGCCCAGCUCUGGAGCCUUCUGCAGGACAAUGGUGGCCAGAAAAAGGAGAGGGUUUCGCAGGUACCUAAUGCCCAGCAGACCACCAGUGAUGUCAAACCACAGGAUGGUCAAAAAGAUAACAUCAAAAUUGUGAGUGUGAUGUCCCUUUCUCAAGGAAAUCCAUCCCUGGAGCCACCAACCAACGCUCCAAGAACUGUGCCUCAGGCUGUCCCAGAAGGACAGAGAGUGCAGGACACACGAUCCGAUACUGUCCGCCCUACGCACCACCCCACCCUGAGCAUCGCUCGUCCCUGCCCUGCGUAUCAGGCAUCUCAUAAUCACGUCAACGGGAGAGCGAGGACGCCGCUGCCCGCCCCCAGGAACCCCGCACUGCUCGUUACAAAGAAGUUAGUGGACAAAGCCAUCAUCCUACAGAAGAAGGUCAUAUUCCAAAAUGGAGGUCAGACCUUGAAUCCAGGAGGAGCCUACCCACUUCCCGCAACAAGCCAGCAGCAGACUGCAAGACCAGCUGCCAAAGCAAGCGCUCAGAUAAAAGACGCGAGCACACAGACGGCACUUUCCUCCUUUCCUCCAACGAGGCCGGAAGCAAGCGGGGAGCAAUUGGACUCGAUAAGAGGGGAGCUGCACAGACUGACGCAAGUCAUGCAGACCCUCAUGGAGAGGCAGAAUCGGUGGGAACAAGAACAGAUGAGGCAGCGGCAGUGCAACCACCAGGAGGUGCUGUCACAGAUCCAACAGCUGGGGGCAAAACUUUUUCAAACCUGCGCGCCCUUCAGUGCUGGCCAAGAGACUGAGGCUCACUUGCCCGAUUUUGGACCUUUCAAGAUGGAGCUUUUGUGAAGGAACAUCCGCAAAAAUGGUGGAAGAGGACAGGAGAUCUCCAGACCUCAGGGCUCCAUGUUCAGUUGAGGCUGUGACUGUCUUGCCGUACAUUCCUCUGUAUAGGUAUUGUCAGUAGAUAGAGAUACACUGGAGAAGACUACGCGCACCUUGGCAUUGUAUGGUCUCGCUCCCCUCUGGUACCCCCAGUGGAUACAGAGGGGAGGGGAGCGGAUGAUGCUUGUAGGCCCCUUCAUAUCCUUUGGGGAUAGCUCAUUUGUCACACUCAGCGGGGGAGGGUCAUCAGUACUGGCUUCUUGGUGAAUCUAUCAAACCAUGUCAUACCCAUAUACCUUCUAAAAAUGCAACCCAGCCUUUUAUAAUGGGCAUCUUCAUGCAAUUUUUGCAUCAAAGUAAAAAAAAUAUAUAUAU